UAUGGAUCAUGGGCAGAACCAAGGAGCUGCGCUGCUACAACUGCUGCAACUUCUGUGGCUGCUGCCCUACUCCUGGGCCAUCCCUGAAGAAUCUACUCCAGUGUGGCAGGAUGACCUGCAAAACCACACGUUCCUGCACACGGUGUACUGCCAGGAUGGGAGUCCCAGCGUGGGACUGUCUGAGACCUAUGAUGAGGAUCACCUUUUCUCCUUUGACUUUUCCAAGAACUCCCGAGUGCCUCGCCUGCCUGAAUUUGCUGACUGGGCUCAGGAUACGAGAGAUGUCUCCGCCAUUUCAUUUGACAAAAGGUUCUGCCAAAUGAUGAUCCAAGAUAUAGGCCCACGACUUGAUGGGAAAAUCCCAGUGUCCAGAGGGUUACCUAUCGCUGAGGUGUUCACGCUGAAGCCCCUGGAGUUUGGCAAGCCCAACACGCUGGUCUGUUUUGUCAGUAAUCUCUUCCCACCCACGUUGACGGUGAACUGGCAGCAUCAUUCCGUCCCUGUGGAAGGAGUUGGGCCCACUUUCGUCUCAGCCAUCGAUGGACUCAGCUUCCAGGCCUUUUCUUACUUAAACUUCACACCAGAACCCUAUGACCUUUUCUCCUGCAUCGUAACUCAUGAGAUUGAUAGCUACACAGCAAUUGCCUAUUGGGUGCCCCAGGAUGCACUAUCCUCAGAUCUUCUGGAGAACGUGCUGUGUGGCGUGGCCUUCGGCCUAGGCGUGCUAGGCAUCAUUGUGGGCACCGUCCUCAUCGUCUACUUCCGAAAGCCUUGCUCAGCUGACUGAUUCUUCUGACCAGAGUUUGAUGCCAACAACUUCAGCCAUCCAAACAGAGGGUGUUCAGGUUUCUCACACCCUGCCCAGGAUCUCUUCUUCUCAGAGCAGAAGUCCUUGGGACUCCCCCUGGGUGUGUGUAUAUGCGUGCACAUGUGUGUGUAGGUUUCCCAGCUGGGGGCUCUGCUGUCACUGGGAGCCCAGAGUGUCCUGCCUGUCACAACUACAUCCCUUCCCACUUC